AUGGAUCGAGGACAGCCAAGUGGGCUCGGCCCCCGCCAUGACGCGACAUCACGAGUCCAGAAACCCGAGUCGGCCGCCGAUCGGAUGGCCGCACUCAAGGCCCGAGUCGCUGCAGCAGUCGGAGGCGCCAAAGCCAAGGGCGGCUUGAACACACCACUCCAUCCUGCGCUUGCAGAUCUCGGCGCACCCAUCAAACCCGGUGACUCUCUCGCGGCCGCUGCAGCAGGUCGUCGAGCCGCUCAGAAAGUCGCAGACUCAUUCAACAGGAAAGAACAUCGAACACCUUCGGCAACAACAACAGGCCAGCCCCGAGCCAACCCCUACCUAGACACUAGCAGUCAUGGACCACAAGGCAAGCCCAAAGAGCCCCGGCAGCUCAUCUUCAACCAGAAGGGCAAAUACAUUGCCCAGGCGAAUGCGCUACGGAGACAGGCCGCCUUGGAGGAGAUGAAGAAGAGGAUCGCCGAGCAGGCUAGGAAAGCAGGAUUGGACGAGGAUCGAGACAUCGAAAAGGCCUUCGUUAUCGAGGCGCCCCCAGAUGUGGAAUGGUGGGAUCAGGGCCUUAUCGACGGCAACGACUACAGCAACAUUCCCGACUCGAUAAAAGUCAACACCCCCGAUAGCGUCGUUACCAUCUACAUCCAGCACCCAGUUGCCAUUGAGCCACCCCAAGACAAACUUGCGACUGAAGUUAAACCCAUGUACCUCACACCCAAGGAGCAGGCGAAGCUCCGUCGCCAACGCCGCAUGAUGGAGCUCAAGGAGAAGCAAGCCAAGAUCCGUCUCGGUCUGGAACCGGCCCCGCCACCCAAGGUCAAGAAGUCGAACCUGAUGCGUGUGCUGGGAGAGGAAGCCGUCAAGGACCCGACGGCCGUCGAGGCACGCGUCAACCGCGAAAUCCAGGAGCGGUUUGACAAGCACAUGCAGGAGAACGAGGAGCGCAGGCUCACAAAGGAGCAACGGCACGAGAAGCUUGCUCAAAACCAGCAAAAGGACGUCCAAAAGGGCGUCCAUACGCUUGUCUUCAAGAUCGGCAGUCUCGCCAAUGGCAAGCACCGCUUCAAGAUUGGGCAAAACGCCCAGCAGCACGCGCUUACAGGCGCGUGUAUCAUGCAUCCCAAGUUCUGCCUGGUUAUCGUGGAGGGUGGCGAGCACAGUGUCAAUGCGUACAAGAAGCUGAUGAUGCGCCGUAUCGACUGGACCGAGAGUGUGCCCUCGUUGGACAAGGAACCCAGCGCGUCCGGCGCGGCGGUGAGGGAUUGGUUGAAGGCGGAGGAUGAACAAGGCAUGCUGAAGGACUUGUCGAAUAACAAGUGCCAACUCAUAUUUGAGGGCGAGUCCAAGACCCAGUCAUUCAAGAAAUGGAGCAGUAAAGUGUGUGAGACGGACCAGGAGGCCAGAGAGUUCUUAUCUCAGAUGAAGAUGGAGAACUUUUGGACGCAGGCAAAGAACACCCCGAGCCAUGUAUGA